UCAUACUGUAAUAAAGGAAAACAUUUAUAAUACGAACCACAAAGACGAUUAAAAACAGUAAUAGGAGAGUGUUCCCUCAAGAGAAGUUUCAUCCUUAAGCAGAUCUAAAGAGGGUGAAACUCGCUUUUCACGAUUAAUCCUUCAUUUUUUUUUCCGUGGAAUAUAAGAAGGGCUUGUUUCUUUUGGUGAGAUAGAAGAGGAAUAAUGACGCAUAGAGUAGAACAGGAUUACGAUUAUUUGUUCAAGAUCGUGUUGAUCGGUGAUUCUGGUGUCGGGAAAUCAAACAUCUUGUCUAGAUUCACCAGGAAUGAGUUUUGCUUGGAAUCCAAGUCCACCAUUGGUGUUGAAUUCGCCACAAGAACUCUUCAGGUCGAAGGAAAGACUGUAAAGGCCCAAAUAUGGGACACUGCCGGUCAAGAGCGGUACAGAGCCAUCACAAGCGCUUAUUACAGAGGCGCAGUAGGUGCAUUUCUUGUCUAUGACAUCACCAAACGUCAGACCUUUGACAAUGUCCUAAGGUGGCUACGAGAACUGAGAGACCAUGCGGAUUCCAACAUUGUGAUCAUGAUGGCUGGGAACAAAUCCGAUCUAAACCACUUGAGGUCGGUUGCUGAGGAAGAUGGUCGGAGUCUAGCCGAGACAGAAGGUCUAUCUUUCUUGGAGACAUCUGCCCUUGAAUCCACAAACGUCGAGAAAUCAUUUCAAACCGUGUUGACAGAGAUUUACAAGAUCAUUAGCAAGAAAGCUUUGGCUGCUCAAGAAGCAGUGGGUGCUAAUUCCGCGAUUCCAGGGCAAGGAACAACGAUUAACGUUGAGGAUACGUCUGGAGCUGCCAAAAGGGGUUGCUGCUCUACUUAGUAUCUCAUGAAAGCUUCUCCUCUUCUCUCUCUUUUAUUUUGUUUUUUUUUGGCUGAUGAGUGUAACAAUGCAAGGGUAUGUAGAAUGCUUCAAUUCAAUCACACUCUUGUCUUGCAAUCUCUGAUGGUUUGUGUUCAGAAAACAAAGAAAACUUAUAAUAAAAAGGAAGAAAAAGCUUCUUUAGUACACUAUUA